AUGAAUGUUAAAAGUAACAAAAAUGAAGUCAAAGAAGAUUUGAAAAAAAUAGAAGUUCUGGAACAUUUAAACGUUCAAAAUAAAUUUACUCAGCAUGAUCAAAAACAAUUCUUAAUAAGUUUCCAAAGCCAAUCGGAGAAUCGAAGAAAUCACUUUACAAGAAAUAAACAAAACCAAGUUAAAUAUAUUAAAAAAGAUAAACUAUUAAACAAAAUAAUCUGCCAAAACAAAUCUGAGGAUAGGAAAAAACGCAUAGCAAUUUUAGAAUGGGAAAGACUUAUAACAAAAUUAAAUUUAAUAGAUCAAUUAUUAGUUGAAAAAUGGAAUGAAUACUCAACUAAUAUUGACAGCAUUGAAAAUUUAACUAUGCAUUCAUGCACUACUCUUUAUGAAGAUAGUUGGGGUGAACCUCCAAAAAAAGUGUUGGAUUGGAACAAAAAAGUUAAUAGCAAUGUUUAUUGCGUUUGCGGAAUAUGCUGGAGUCCAAAUUGUUGGUACAAGACAGAAGAAGAAAAAAAUAAAGAAAACGAAUUCAAAACAGGAUGGCCACUAAUCCCAAGUUGCAAACUAUGUUCAGAUCAGUAUCGCCGCAUUUAUCAUAUGGGAAGACAGUGCCCUCGGGAAGAGUUUAAAAGGUGGUCUAAAGGAGAAGAAAAUAAUUUUUAUAAUGAAUUGAGUCUGGAAGAAUGA